UCGCGUUGGUGAUCACAUGAUCGUGGAGUCAAACAGGAAGGGGACCAAACAGCAACAACGAAUAUGGACGACUCUCCAAUCAGCUUCACGCCCGAGAGAUAUUGGACAGAGGAGAAAGAAAGGACACUCAUUUCAUUCUUCUCCAAGAACAGUUGCCUGUGGAACCAUAAAUUAGAAAGCUACAAAAAUCGACAGCUGAGAUGGAAAAUGCUGGAACAUUUAAGAAUUCUUCUGUCUGCUCAACCCCCACCAGCUCCGUUUACAGUGGAAGACAUCAAGAGCAAGUUCAAAAACCUUCGUACCACCUUUCAACGGCAGUACAAAGCGGUGAAGGCGAGCGAGCUGUACAGUCCGGAUGUGUUUGUACCGCAGUGGAAGCACUAUCAGCAGCUGAUGUUCCUACAGGCUGCAGGCCUGGAUGCCUGCAAUGAUGCCCCACUGCAGUCGUCUUUAAUUGUUUCACAGGAGAGCCCACAUGUUCUCACCAACCCAGGACUUAUCAUCUCCAUCCUUCCUCCUGAAACCUCCACCACAACUACCUCGUCGUCAUCUUACAUCCUCUCAAACAUGGUAGCUAAAUCAUUUUGGACAGAAGAGAAAGAACGUGAGCUCAUUGAUUUCUAUGCAGCGCACAGCUGCUUGUGGAACAAGAAGUCUAAAAACCACAACAAUCGGCUCCUCCGAUUGAAACUUCUGAAGAUUCUCAGGAGACGGUUGUCCGACCAGACUUCGUCUUUCUCAAUUGAAGAUAUAAAAUGCAAGUUCAAGAAUCUUCGGACAGUUUUUAACCGUGAAUACAAAGUGGUCCAAGUGAGCGAGACAUCUGAUAAGCAUUACCAUUCCAAAUGGAAGCAUUACCAGCGGCUGCUGUUCCUCUGCGAGUGGUGCAAAGAUGAAGAGAGCCCGGACAAUUUGCAGGAAGUGACACCACAGGAAGCAAAAGUGCUGGAGUGUGGAAACCAGUUAGCAUUGUCCACCACGGGCAACUCCUCAUGCGCCACUCAAACUAACAAUGACAGCAACACUUUCACUUCUUUUGCCAUUAAACACACGGAUGCCUACACCAAUACCACUGCCAACCUCCAAAUGGUUGCUGCAGCUCCAGAUUACCUUGAACCACAGAACCAAAAACCUGUUUCCACAAGCCCUAAUUCACGAUCCAGUUCACCAUUGGAUAGCAAACCUAGUACAAAACAGCUCCCCAGAAAGAUUUUGCAAUUCAGUCCAGUUAAACUAGAAUGUGGGCUGGUUUCUAACUCCCGCUGCCAGUGGAAUGAAAGUAAAGUUCAUCAGCUCAUCUCAUUUUACUCCGAGCAUGACUGUUUGUGGAACUAUAAGUCAGUGAGGUACAAGAACAAGUUAAUGAGACAGAGUCUGUUGGAGACAUUGAGCGUCUUACUCUCCUCCAAUGAACAGCUCCCCUUUACAGUGGAAGACAUCAAGACAAAGUUUAGAAACCUGCGAACCAUCUUUCAACGUGAACAUAAGGCAGUGAACUCUAACAAGAUCUGUGGUUCUGAAGACUUUUAUGUACCCAAGUGGAAACACUACAGAGAGCUCAUGUUCCUCUGUGACUCUUGUGACGAGGAGCAGCAACAGCCUGAAGACGUUCCCUUUGAACAACCAGUGGACAUCAGCCUCCAUCCUCCCGACAACCAAGCCCCUCUCACUUCCUCAUCCCAACAGUGCCACGACUCACUUGAAACUACCAAUCAUACAGCUAGCAAAAUAAAGACACUUGAAUCUCCACCUUCACCUCUUCCACUGGACCCCCAACACCCAAUGUCCUCGUCCUCAUCCUCAUUAUCCUCAUCUCAGCCCGACUGCGGCGUCUUGGGGCACAAACGCGUGAACCAACAGCAGCCACCUGCCGCCAUUGAGGUGCUGGACUUCAUGAAGAAAUUCUACCAAAGUCAGAUAAAUUCACCACAUGCUGGUUUCCUGAAGUAUGUGGAGGAGUGUCUUAUUGAGGCACCGCCGGACAAAGUGAAGCGAAUGAAGAUGAAGAUUAUUGAGACAAUCCACAACAUGUCGGAGGAUGUUUAAGCCGGCCCAAGAAAGAUUUGAACCUCAAUCCCGGCGGGUGGUCCUGUGUAAGAAUUGUGUUGCCCUCAUAAUUUCCACUCAAGCAGGAGAAGAGCAGCUCAUGUGCAAUGUGCACGAUAGCUUCUUGAACGUAAUUGAAAAGAUGUUAAAAGCCCCUUAGCAUGAACACAGUUUUUAACGUUUUAUCACACAACUGGCCAAGUAGCCGCUAGGUAGCGCAAAUUCCCCACAAACUAUGUAUGUGUUACUACCAUAUAGAUGUGUCAAAAUUAAUCGAUCAAAUUAAUCGGCUCCUAUUUUAAUAAUCGAGUACAGUCGAUUGCUAUAUCACAAUUCACCUUUCACGGCCUUGCUGCAUCACGGAUUUUUUUUAUUACAGUGCAUUCAUUGUCUUAUGGCUUCAGAUGAAAAAAACACUACAGAGCGGGGUCAAGCCGCAGAGGCGCACUAUAUAGUACGUACUUUUUAUUGAUGAUCAAAAUUAUUAUUUUACUGUAGUUAUCUGGGAGAAAGUUUUUACUUUGUUAAACAAAUGCUUGGGCCUGAAAACAAGUUUUGUCCUUUGGUUUCAAUGUAACAAUGGUAAGAAAAUAAAGGUUUCUGUUGCAAUUACUGUAAUCGUUUCAAUUUUUUUUUUAACUGAAGAUUGUCCAAAUCUUCUGACUUCAGGCUCCCAAAAAUAAUAUUUGAAUUCUCUAGUUUUUCAUAAAAGCAGGCUGAUUCAUCUUUUGUGUUUAAUUAGAAUAAGAUGUUUGCAAACAUACGUAUGCUUUCACUUGGGAAAAUAAUGGCCAUCAGUCCGUCUUGUGAGAUCGCUUCACUGUUGUUUACUUGUUUUUAAUCACUAAAUAAUACUAAAUAAGAAGACAAUUGAUUAAUAAAGAGUAAUCUGUGAAAUAUGUUUUUAAUGCACUAAUGCAAAUAAAAGUGUCAGAUUA